UGUUGACCAAUCGGACAGCUGCAUGUGGAAGGUCUCAGCCAAUGAUGGAGGCCUGGCCAGCAGCCUGGGUCCUAAUUCUAACGCUAAUCGCUGAUUGGCUGGAAGCGGCUCAAUCACGGGACUUCACUGUGAAGGACAUCAUCCUCCUCCAUCCAUCAACCACACCUCAUCCUGGAGGGUUCAAGUGCUUCACAUGUAAAGAUGCACCAGACAACUACCAAUGCAAUCGCUGGGCUCCGGACGUAUACUGCCCACGAGAGACCAGGUACUGCUACACCCUCCAUGUGAUGGACGUCCAGGGGAACACUGUGUCUGUGACCAAACGCUGUGUGGCCCUGGCCCACUGUCUGUCUACAGGCUGCACCCAGGACAACCAUGAAGGAUACGAGGUCUGCACUGCUUGCUGUGAAGGAAACAUCUGUAACAUGCAGUUGCCAAGAAACAAGACGGACGCCAUCUUUUCCACCACCUCUCUCCUCCACAGCAGUAACGGUCUACUCACACACUACUGGCUGCUCACUGGCUGUCUGAGCUCUACCGUCAUCAGCGUCAUGCUCUCCAACAGUCUAUGACAUCUAACACUCCUACCGUCAUGCUCUCCAACAGUCUAUGACAUCACACUCCUACCGUCAUCAGCGUCAUGCUCUCCUACAGUCUAUGACAUCUAACACUCCUACCGUCAUCAGCGUCAUGCUCUCCAACAGUCUAUGACAUCUAACCCUCCUACCGUCAUGCUCUCCAACAGUCUAUGACAUCUAACACUCCUACCGUCAUCAGCGUCAUGCUCUCCAACAGUCUAUGACAUCAUAACACUCCUUCCGUCAUCAGCGUCAUGCUCUCCAACAGUCUAUGACAUCAUAACACUCCUUCCGUCAUCAGCGUCAUGGUGUCCAACAGUCUAUGACAUCAUAACACUCCUACCGUCAUCAGCGUCAUGGUCUCCAACAGUCUAUGACAUCUAACACUCCUACCGUCAUCAGCGUCAUGCUCUCCAACAGUCUAUGACAUCUAACACUCCUACCGUCAUCAGCGUCAUGCUCCUCAACAGUCUAUGACAUCUAACACUCCUACCGUCAUCAGCGUCAUGGUGUCCAACAGUCUAUGACAUCUAACACUCCUACCGUCAUCAGCGUCAUGCUCUCCAACAGUCUAUGACAUCUAACACUCCUACCGUCAUCAGCGUCAUGCUCUCCAACAGUCUAUGACAUCUAACACUCCUACCGUCAUCAGCGUCAUGGUGUCCAACAGUCUAUGACAUCAUAACACUCCUACCGUCAUCAGCGUCAUGCUCUCCAACAGUCUAUGACAUCUAACACUCCUACCGUCAUCAGCGUCAUGCUCUCCAACAGUCUAUGACAUCUAACACUCCUACCGUCAUCAGCGUUAUGCUCCUCAACAGUCUAUGACAUCUAACACUCCUUCUGCAUGGAAGAAAAAGUAGAUCUGAGUUUGAUCACCAGAUAUUUGGUGUUAUAAUUUUAUGAAGUUACUCUGCUGUUUAAUUUAUCCUCUUUUUUUAACCGAGACAGUAUUGAUGGAAUCUUCUAGAUUUUGUCUCAUCACAAUAAGUUCUACUGUUAUAUGUACUAGAUUCUAUGUGCAGUAUGUAAUAUAUGUACAUAGUAUUUAUUUUGUAUAAUACAUUUAACAAUUGUUAAAUACCUGUAGUUAACAUUAGAUUCAGGUAGAAUGAAAAGUGAACUAGGUUGCAGUGCAGUGUUUUUGUUCCUGGAGUCUUCUGGUUGGUUGAGGCUGUGUGCCCACCAUACCCAUGAGACUGAUGCCUGAUCAUUUCCUCUCAACCCAUUGGCUAUCUGGCUGUGGAAGAUAUGACAUCAACCAUUACACUACAAUGUGGCAACAUGUUUCUGUAUUUCUUACAGUUCUGUCCAAUACAAAGGUUGGCACUUAUUGAUUAGCAUGUCGUCUUUAGCAUGAUGGUCUAAACAUCCUGUACAGAUCCCAUAUACCAAGUGUGGUAUACAUUGUGUUCACCAUUAAAAUGUAUUAUACCAGGUUUGGUAUACAUUGUGUUCACCAUUAAAUAUAUACCAGGUUUGGUAUACAUUGUG